AUGAACUAUCUUCUUGGAGCUUUCAAGCCGGCAUGUAAUAUUUCAGUCACAUUCACCGAUGGGAAAAAUCGUAAACAGGUACCGAUUAAGAAAGAUAAUGGACAAACGGUUAUGCAUCCACUUUUCCAGAGUCAAGAAACUAUUGCUGGGAAGAUUUGUAUUGAACCAUAUCAAGGGAAAAAAGUGGAGCAUAAUGGUGUUAAAGUUGAACUUCUUGGUCAAAUAGAAAUGUAUUUUGACAGAGGAAACUUUUAUGACUUCACUUCCUUGGUGCGUGAGCUUGAUGUACCCGGAGAAAUAUAUGAAAGAAAGACAUACCCUUUUGAAUUUCCGACUGUUGAGAUGCCAUAUGAGACAUACAAUGGUGUGAACGUGCGGCUAAGGUAUGUCCUCAAAGUAACAGUUACACGUGGCUAUGCUGGAAGCAUCGUGGAAUAUCAGGACUUUGUGGUCCGGAACUAUUCUCCAUCUCCUCCAAUCAAUAACAGUAUCAAGAUGGAAGUUGGAAUUGAGGACUGCCUGCAUAUCGAGUUUGAGUACAAUAAAAGCAAGUAUCACCUGAAAGAUGUUAUCCUUGGGAAAAUAUACUUUCUUCUGGUGAGAAUCAAGAUAAAGAAUAUGGAUCUUGAGAUCAGACGGCGAGAAUCGACCGGAGCAGGAGCUAAUACUCACGUGGAGACGGAAACACUAGCCAAAUUUGAGUUAAUGGAUGGUGCUCCAGUUAGAGGCGAAUCGAUACCGGUAAGACUGUUCUUGACACCAUACGAUUUGACACCAACGCAUAAGAACAUAAACAACAAAUUCAGCGUAAAGUAUUAUCUGAAUCUUGUACUGGUUGAUGAAGAGGAUCGCCGUUACUUCAAGCAGCAAGAAAUCACGUUGUACAGGCUCAAGGAAGAGACAUCUUGA